AAGGUCCAAAACCCUAAAAACCCACAAAGCCUCGCCGCCUCUCCGCCGCGACCUCACCGUCCCCGGCAAGCCAUGGCGUCGCGCCUCCGCUCCUUCGCCCGCCCCGCCGCCGCGGCCUUCCUCCGCUCCGCAGCCAGCCGGAGCCCCGCCGCUUGCCUCCCCCGCUCCCUUGCUUCCGUCCCCAGGGCUCCGGCCGUGGUGCGGCAGAUGGCGCUGGCGCGGUCGCUGCAGCCGCUGCACAGCGCGGUCUCGGCGGCGCGGCUGACGUCGCGGCUGGGGGCGGAGGUGGCCCGGGCCGUGUCCCAGGGUACGCUCUGCAGCUCCUACCCGGGAGUCUGAGUCUGAUACAGUCUUCUAAUCUGUGAAACGCUACAAGACCGGUCUCAGUGUCCCUCGAUAAUGAAAGAAACUGCUCCAGAUGGCAGCAGCAGCAGCAGCAGAUAUUUGCAAGACUUGAUUACAUUCAAUAAUCAUUUUGUUAAAUGGUUACCUUAUUUAUUCAGGGGCACCUACAUUGUGUUAUAUACUAGUGGUGCACGUUUGACAUCGAACCUUAAAUCUAUUUCUGGUAACAGUUCUUUUGAAUUCCAUUUCAGCUCAAGGUUUCAGAGAAAAUAGUCACCUUUUGUAAACGACUUGGUCUAAUUGGAUCAAUUGCUGUUUCAUCCAUCUCAAGAGCUAACCUUGCUGGUAGCCGUUGUCGGUCUUCUAA